UAUAGAGAUAAAUAUUAUAAUUAUAAUUCCAAAAAAAUAAUUAUAAAAUUAAUCAUAAUUAAAAAUAUAAUUACAUUUAUAAUUGUAUCUGUAUUUAUAAUUAGUGUAAUUGGUAUAAUUAUUAUAAUUUUAAAUUUAAUUUUAAUUAUUAUUUUUUUAUAAUUAUGAUUAUAAUUGUAAUUUUAUUUAAGUUAUAUUUUUAAUUACAAUUAUAAAUCUAAUAAUUAUAAUUAUAAUUAGAAUUAGAAUUAUAGAAAUAUUCAAAUCAGAUCAGAAAGAUUCAGAUCAGAAGAAUUCAGAUCAGAUCAGAAACAUUCAGAUCAUAUCAGAAACAUUCAGAUCAGAUCAGAUCAGAUCAGCAACAUUCAGAUCAGUUCAGCAACGUUCAGAUCAGAUCAGAAAGAUUCAGAUCAGAUCAGAAAGAUUCAGAUCAGAUCAGAUCAGAUCAGAAAAAUUCAGAUCAGAUCAGAUCAGAUCAGAAAAAUUCAGAUCAGAUCAGAUCAGAACUUAAAAAAUUCAGAUCAGAAACAUUCAGAUCAGGUGAACGGAACAGCUUCUAAAUGCCCAACAUUCUUAUCUUUUAAUGCAGCGUUGAAUGGAUGAUUCAAUGCCCAACGGACUGGUCAUUGAUGUCCAAUGUUCAGGUCCAUUAAUCCACCAUUUACACACAACAAAUCCUCCUAUAUAAUGGCUGACAAGUGGUUUGCAACAACACACGUUGAUACACACGUUCAUAUACAUUCCUCACUCACGUAUUUCUGAACUCUAAAACACCUCCAGCAUUCCGAAAAUUUCCUAAGUGUUCAUACUAUGUUCUCGUUCGUUGGAACUCUUGUUUGUGUGCUCAAACAUUAGUUCGAAGUCAUUGUAUCCUGGGAAACGAUUGUUGCAACGUUCCUAGCACCGUGAGAGGCAACAAAUACGUUUUAAGGACAUCGUGCGUAGCACGAGCUUUGACUAAUUUAUGCUCCAUCUUAUUUCUGUUUUCUUUCGUCAUUUUAUUUAAUUUAUUUUAAUUAAUUUUCUUUAUUUUCCGAAACACACCCAACAGAUGCUUCUAUCCCGGUGUUGGCUGUUCAGAAUUAGCCAUAACUUACUAAAUAUUAUUAAAAAGUGGAAAGAUUACAAAGAGGUGGGACAUGAUGCCUUACCUCAAGUCCAUGAAAGGAGUUAGGUAUUGUUGGGUGUUUAGCCUAUCUAAAACUAUCACCCCUUUUAAAUGACCUGCUAUCAGGUAAAAAUACUUCAUAUUACACUGAAAUUCAGGUCUGGAUUAAAGUAGUUACAAUAGAGGUAGAUUUAUUUACAAUAGGAGGCAUCAGGUGAGACUUGAGAGAAAGAAUGAGUAUGAGUCCAACUCGAGUUGAAAACUUCUAUAUCCCCGAACAUAGAUCAUGUGCUAACAGUGGAAAUACUUUUGAGUUCUUUAAGGAGAAUGGAAUUGAAGGCUUAUGUUUCCAUAUAGGAAUCAGUUUUGCUUGUGCGCAUUUGGAAUUGUUGUGAGCAAACAUUGAUAAGAGUUCUUUUACAAGUCAAAUUCCAAAAGUCUUCUGUAUUCAAGUUUUGUAUCAAGCUUCAUCCUGCCCCUCCUCAAUUUCUCCGGCCUCAAUUUUUCUGGCCUCAAUUUCUAUGGUAAUUGAAUUGUGUCCUAUAUCAGAGUUAUAACUAACUUAUUAGUAAUAAAACUCAUUAUUCAAAGAAAAUAAUCAAGGUGAAAGCUGGGGGAUGGAACUCUGUGUUUGCAAAGUUGAUUUGCCUUUCCUAUGCCCUCAAGGGUGGAGAGACUCAAAUUAAGGGUAUACCUUUGAAGGUUCUACAUGUACAAACUUUUAUAUUUCAGAAUUAUAAAUUCCUAUUUAUAUACUACCUCCAUCCCAACACAAAUAUGAGUAAUUGAAAAAUUAUCAUUGACGUCAUUUGCGGGUUUAUUGUUCUAUUUGAAUAUUCUGAUAAUGCAUUCGACUUAUUGAGUUUUUAUUUGAUUUAAUAUGUUUGUACAUUAUUUAUAUAUAUAUGUAUAUAUAUAUAUAUAUAUAUAUGUUUGUGUAUAUUUAUAACGGGGACGGGGUGAGGACGGGGCGGGUGUAGCAAUUCUCGUCCCCCGCCCCAUAUUUUAACGGAGUAAAAUAUCUCACCCAUUCCCACCUCCACCCCCAAGCCCCGCCCCAUCCUUCCCCCACGGGGCGGUUCCCCACGGGUCCCCGCCCCCAUUGCCAUCCUUAGGAGAACCCUUGGAGGUGGGAAUUAGCCGGCUAGAUUCACCAGCCUAUUGUGGACAUGUAAGAAAAAGACACGCAAAAUAAAGACCUCAAUUUUCUUUAAAGUGUUAUGUUCAAUUUUAUGUGACUAUUUAUAUAACGUAACUUCAUUGUCACUAUAAUGUAAAGUCAAACAUGAUUAUAGACUUAUAGUCACUAAAGUUAUUAUCAUAUUCACUUUAUAUAAAAAGUCAUAUUUUUAUCCAUAACAUUUUUUUUGUCAUACAUAUGUAUAAAUUUUAGAAAGAGAAAACUCUCAAAUAAGUUGACCCCCUUUUCACUAAAAGUCAAUUGAGUCCAUGUAAUUUUUUGUGAGUCAAUUAACUCCGUCAAGUAUCAAAAAACAAUCAAAUAAGCUUUUUCGUAGAUAAUAAACCGGUUACCCGGUUAAGGCCUACGUGGAUGUCCUACACCAUUUUAAUGUAAAAAUGGUGUAAACAUCACAUCAAACAGUAUUUUAUCUCCAACAGUUUACACUAUUUUCACCACCAAAUAGGAAUAUUCUCUUUUUAUUCUUAUUACUAACUUUUUACCAUUCUUCUAUUUAAGUAUCUAAUUAUCAUAUAUUUAUACAUUAGCCCCUCAUUUAAUAUUUUGACAUUUCACACAUUAUUUCACACAUACAAACUAAAAUACACCAUUUUAAUAUGUAUAUUCACGCAUUUCACUAAUUAAAAUACAAUAAUCAAUAUUUCACAAAUACAAGCUAAAACCACAUAAAAUUAAAUAUUACAAUAAUAUUAUAAUAAUUUGUACGUCAUUAAUAAAGUACUACUUAAACUUAAAGCAAUAGAUUAAAUAAAUAUUCUUAGUUUAGUUAUCAGACCAGACCAGAGCGGACAAACAAAUUUCAGUCUGUGGAAACCCUAGUAGUAUUGGGCUUAGCCCAGUUGUAUAUCUUGUAUAGGAAACUCUAGUACUCAAAAUAUAGCUAUAAAUAUAGCUUCUUGUAUAGGAUUUCAUAUGAAGUAUAAUGAAUACAAUCUUAUAUUUCACAUGGUAUCAGAGCCUAUAUGGCAAUAGUUAGGGCGCUGGCUUCCGGCAAGCAUUUCAGGCGUGAACAGUAGUUGUGAGUGGUGUUGGAGCACACUUCCGGUAGUGAAUCUCUGAUCUACACCUACCGCCUUGGUCAGCAUACCAUCGCGACCAACCACCCGGAACAGUACCGACACGACGGCCCUCACACGCCCUCACACGCCACCGCUCCGUACUGCAGCUGAAUAACAUAUUUGCAGAUCUACUCCGUUCUACUUAUUCGGAGCGCUCACAGCCAACACACUGAAGACCUGGAGCUUCUGGCGACCACAACAGCAUAACACAGGCACUCAUCGGACACCCACGCGCCGCCGCUGAACCUACGCGCCGCCGCCGAACACUCGCGUUGCCGCCGUCGCUCCGCCUGCCCGCCGCUGCUCUACCCUUUUCGCCGAAGUCAGGUUUGUGUCGUGAACUCCUGUUCUCAUCCGCUGUUACUGCCAGAGUCCAAGACUGGCUGCUCUUGUCCGUUGCUGCUGCCAAGUCUGGCUUCCGGGUGCUCUCUCUGCCUUAUUAUUUACAAAGCACUAAAUUCACUUUUAAUUUACUCAUUUUCUUUUGAUUAAAAAAAAAGAAAGAGAAAAAAAAAAGAAAAAAAAAAUCAAAUCAGCAUAAAAAAAAAUAUGUCUCUUAUGAGUUCUGACAGAGGAAACAACACCGGAUACUCAAGAUGGAAUCGUCCUAAAUGUGAUUUUUGUCAUAAAAUUGGUCAUACUCAAGACAGGUGUUGGAAAUUACAUGGGAGACUUCCUCCCUCAGCCCAUGUUGCUCAGCUACCACCAUCUCCCAUUGUUCUAUCACCGGAAGAAUAUGCAGCAUAUCAGCAAUUUAAGUUGACUAAUAUGCCUUUACCCACACCCGGGAUGUCUACAGCUUGUGUUUCAAACACAACAGGCUCAUGGAUCAUUGACUCAGGUGCCUCAGACCAUAUUUCUGGUAAUCCCCAUCUUUUAUCCCAUAUUACCAAGCACCGACAUCUUCCUUUGAUUACUCUUGCUAAUGGCCUUCAAACUUCUGCUUCGGGUAUUGGGCAAGCACUUCCAUUUUCAUCCUUACCGUUAGACUCCGUCUUAUAUGUCCCAAACACCCCUUUUAACCUCGUCUCUGUUAGUAAAAUUACACGUGCUCUUAAUUGUUCUGCAACAUUUUCUGCUGAUUCUGUGAUUGUGCAGGACCGUUGUACGGGGAAAACGAUUGGCGUCGGACACGAAUCUCAAGGUCUGUAUCAUCUCCAUCCUCUUGAUCCAGUCGCUUGUGUUUCAAUUGAACCUGCUAUUACCUUACAUAACCGUCUGGGUCAUCCUAGUCUCUCAAAGUUUCAACGUAUGGUUCCAGGUUUCUCAAAUCUUUCAUCUUUAGAUUGUGAGUCAUGUCACCUUGGAAAACAACCUCGUAACUCCUUUCCAAGGCGAGUCAAUAAACGGGCUACAUCACCGUUUGAUUUAGUUCAUACAGAUGUAUGGGGUCCGUAUCGAGUCACUUCUACUUUAGGUUUCCGUUAUUUUGUUAUUUUUGUGGAUGAUUUUUCCCGUUACACGUGGUUGUUUUUAAUGAAAGAGCGUUUUGAAUUGUUUCAUAUUUUUCAAACUUUUUGUGCUGAAAUUCAAACUCAGUUUGGUCAUUCUAUAAAAAUUUUACGCAGUGACAAUGCUAAAGAAUUUUUUGGGGCAUCCUUUAAUCAAUUCAUGACAUCACGGGGUAUGCUUCACCAAUCUUCUUGUGUUCACACACCUCAACAAAAUGGGGUUGCUGAACGCAAGAACCGACACUUUGUUGAUACUGCUCGUACCCUAUUAUUACAUUCCCAUACACCACCUCAGUAUUGGGCAGAUGUUGUGCUCACUGCGUGUCAUUUAAUAAUUAGAAUGCCUUCCUCAGUUCUUAAUAAUGAAAUUCCUUAUUCUAUUUUGUUUCCUGCUCGUGAUUUAUUUCCAUUACCACCUCAUGUGUUUGGGUGUGUGUGUUUUGUCCAUGAUACGACACCUGGAUUAGCUAAAAUGGCGGCUAGGUCAAUAAAAUGUAUCUUUCUUGGAUAUUCGCGACUCCAAAAGGGGUAUCGUUGUUAUUCUCCAUUACUUAAGAAACAUUUUAUUUCAGCCGAUGUCACUUUCAUUGAGUCGUCCUUUUAUUAUCCAUUAUCUUCAGUUGAUACCCCAUCGUGUUUGGACUUCACCUCAUAUCUUCGGCCCAUCCAUCAGGAGACUCCCAUUAACCCCCCAUCUGAUGAGCAUCCAAACUGCCCUCCUAUGUCAGACCGUCCAUUGCAGGUAUACUAUCAACGUCCUCGACCUCCUCCCAUUGAGCCCAUCGUGGCCACGCCCGUUGAUUCCCCUAUGACGGAUCCUGCAUCACCACCAUCACCUACUCCAACACUUGACACCACUCAGGAUAAUUUUCCCAUUGCUCUCCGAAAAGGUACGCGUUCCACAUUGAAUCCACAUCCCAUAUAUAAUUUUUUGAGUUAUCACCGCCUCUCUACCCCUUAUUAUGCCUUUAUUUCCCACAUGUCUCAUAUAUGCAUUCCUAAAACCACACCUGAGGCACUGGCACACCUGGAGUGGCGUAAAGCCAUGUUGGCUGAGAUGGAGGCUCUUCAUUCUAGUGGGACAUGGGACUUAGUCCCCCUUCCCGCUGGCAAAUCAGUGGUGGGAUGUCGGUGGAUUUACACAGUUAAAGUGGGGCCUGAUGGGGAGAUUGAUCGUUUUAAAGCACGCCUUAUGGCGAAAGGGUAUACUCAGAUAUAUGGCUUUGAUUACACUGACACUUUUUCUCCUGUAGCAAAGAUUGCAUCAGUUCGUUUGUUUUUAUCCAUGGCAGCAAUGAGCCGCUGGCCAUUGUUCCAAUUGGAUAUUAAAAACGCAUUCCUUCACGGAGAUCUGCACGAGGAAGUUUAUAUGGAACAACCGCCUGGAUUUGUUGCUCAGGGGGAGUCUGGUAUGGUGUGCAGAUUACGUCGUUCAUUAUAUGGCUUGAAGCAAUCUCCACGUGCAUGGUUUGGGAGGUUUAGUACCGUUGUCUGCAGCUUUGGCAUGAUUCGCAGUGAUGUUGAUCAUUCUAUAUUCUACAGACAUUCUGCUGGCAACAAAUGUAUUUAUCUUGUUGUGUAUGUUGAUGACAUUGUCAUUACAGGUAGCGAUGAUCAAGGAAUUGUGCUCCUCAAGCAACAUCUGUUUAGCAAAUUUCAAACAAAAGACUUGGGAAAGUUGAGAUACUUCCUUGGCAUUGAGGUCGCACAAUCUCAAGAUGGAAUUGCUCUCUCACAAAGAAAGUAUGCCUUGUAUAUUCUGGAGGAAACAGGUUUGCUAGAUUGCAGGCCAGUGGAUACACCAAUGGAUCCAAACGUUAAACUCUUAUCAGAACAGGGAGAUCUUUUGUCUAACAAGGAAAAAUAUAGAAGACUCAUCGGCAAAUUGAAUUAUCUUACCAUCACAAGACCAGAUAUUUCAUUUGCGGUAAGUGUUCUUAGUCAGUUUCUUGAUAAGCCAUGUACUGGACACUGGGAUGCAGCUAUCCGAGUUUUGAGAUACAUCAAGAAAACUCCAGGGCAAGGAUUGUUGUUUGAAGAUCGAGGCCGCCAUGAUAUUGUGGGAUACUGUGAUGCAGACUGGGCCGGAUGUCCGAUGGAUAGACGUUCCACUUCGGGAUAUUGCAUCUUGAUUGGUGGAAACUUAAUUUCAUGGAAAAGUAAGAAACAGGAUGUGGUUGCCAGAUCUAGUGCUGAAGCAGAAUAUCUUGCAAUGGCUCUUGCUACAUGUGAAAUCUUAUGGUUGAAGCAUCUCCUCCAAGAGUUAAAAUAUGGAAACACAAAACCGGUUCAACUCAUGUGUGAUAAUCAAGCUGCAAUGCACAUCGCAUCAAAUCCGGUAUAUCAUGAGAGGACAAAACAUAUUGAAGUUGAUUGUCAUUUUAUCCGAGAGAAGAUCACGAGUGGACAUAUCAUCACAAAAUAUGUGAACACAACUGAACAACUUGCAGAUAUUUUAACUAAGUCUCUUAGAGGUCCUAGAGUGGAAUAUAUUUGUAACAAGCUUGGUACAAAUAUAUUUGUAAAUAUGAUUUAUAUGCUCCAGCUUGAGGGGGAGUGUGGAAACCCUAGUAGUAUUGGGCUUAGCCCAGUUGUAUAUCUUGUAUAGGAAACCCUAGUACUCUAAAUAUAGCUAUAAAUAUAGCUUCUUGUAUAGGAUUUCAUAUGAAGUAUAAUGAAUACAAUCUUAUAUUUCACACAGUCCAAGUAAAACAUCCUAAUCUGUUGUUUUAAAAAUGGAUCAAAACUAUAAUAAUAAAAACUUUGGGUCACAUUUGAAAGAGAGAAAUUACAAAAAGUAGAAGGUGUCAGAUAUGGCGUACGCCAUAUUUGGUAUAAAGUCAUUCCCUCUCCCCCAAAAUGGUGCAAUGGUGCAAAGAAUGGUGUGAUUGUUGGAACAUUUUUUUGGCGAAUCCACCAUUUUGUUGUUGAAUUUGGUGCUUGUUGGAGUUGCUCUUAGAACAACCUCUGGCCACCACUUUUGCCUUCUCCAUUGGAGCGGUGCCCCGGCGUCCAUAACUACCAUCUCCGUGUGUGGCCUCCAUCUCCGCCGCCCUACUUCCCUACACACCACCUCCGGCCACCACAUUUGCAGCCUCAACCUCCGCCUCAUCCAUUAGGGCAACCUCCAAACGUCCCGACAUCAAUAGCCGCCCACCUUCGCGUGCGUCCUCCACCUCCUCCGCCCCAACUUCCUUACAAAUACCUUCGACCACCACCUCUGCGCUAUCUAUCUUUGCCUCAUCGAUUGGAAUGACCUCCAAUCACACCGACCUCCAUCGAUCUUCACCGCCACAUCUAUUGGAUCGACCUCCAGUCGCCCCAGCCUCUGUCUCCGCCGGCCAAGCUUCCAUAGACGAGUAGAUCUUUUAGGGAGAAGAUUGAAAGUGAAGGAAGCAUGGAGAAGAUUGGGAAAUGACAGAGAACGGGAGAAGCGACAUAAAGAAGAAGAAACAAAAAUAGCACUCCGUAUAAACAAAAGAACGGAAAGUAAAUGAAAAAGAAAAAGAAAACGAAAAAUAAUACUCCCUCCGUAUUUAAAAGUUCCCUACACUUUCCUUUUUGGGACGUGUUUAAAAGUUCCCUAUACUUUCCCCUUUUGGUAAGUUUUUCCUUUAAAAAUACUCAAUUAACCUUACUUUUUCUACUUUUUAUCCUCUCCUUUCUUUUUUUUCACCUUCUCUCCUACUUUUUCUAUAUUAUUCAUUACCCUUACCAUUCUUUCUUAAAUCUUGUGCCACCAUCAAACGUAGUCUUCUUUUAAAUAUGGAGGGAGUAUAAACAAAUGGAAAAUAGUACUACCUCCGUUCUCUUUUAGUUGCAACAUUGGACUUUUUACACUAUUCACAUGUUCUACUUUGACUACAUUUUAUUAAUUGAGGUAUAAUAAAAUAGAUUUUUAAAAAAUAUUGUUAAAUUCUUCUCAUUCUAAAUUUUCAAAAUAUGAAUUUUCACUACUAGAAAACUGGCUUAUAAUGACACUUUGUUAGUGACACUUUCUGGCCGAAAGUGUCACAUAUGUUCUUUCUCACAUAUAAGUGUCAUGCUUUUCUGACAUAAUAAUAUCAACAUUUUUUACUGACAUUAGACCCGUUUUUUUUUAUUUACUUGGACAUUUUUACUUUAUAUUUUAACACUUCACUUUAUUUUAUCGUCAACUUCUCCCCCCAUCCUCAAUCACCUUUAGGGAGUGUUUGCAUUUGAUUAAAAAAAGUGCUUUUCAGCUUUUGGCUUAAAAAAAGUUAAAAAGAGUGUUUUCAAAUGACAACUUCUGCUUAAAUUAAUCACUUAAAAGCUAAAAGCUGGAAGCAGGUGGAAGGGUGCUUUAAACUGUUUUUCACUUUUUCUAUUACACAAAAAGUACUUCUUUUACCAAACACUACCAACUUUUACUUUUUCAGAAUCACUUUUUCUUCAAACACUACCAACUUUUACUAUUAAUCACUUUUCCCAAAAUCACUUUAAAAAAUCACUUCUUUAAAGUUGAAGCAAUUGCAAACACUCCCUUACUCAUCCUCUUCCUUCGUAUGAACCCUAGCCGCCGCACCCACUACAAAUUUGAACUCUACCGUCCUCUUCAAUUUGUUCGUUCAUAGAAGCUCAGGCGUUUGUUCGUAGAAGCUUUACCCCUUCACGAUCGAGCGACUAUUUGACAGAGCCAGAGAGUUCCGUUUCCCGUCCGAGUAGCGGUUUCCCCCAAUUUCCAGGUAUGUGCUUUUUCCAUCUACUCGUUCUUCAUCCUUUGGAAACUUAUUCGAAAUUUUGUAGAGUGUUCAGAUGAUUUAGGGUCUUUGCAGUAGAAUUGCGAUUUUAUGGACCUUCAGGAGGGGAUUUUGUUUCCGAGUCGUAAUAGGUGGUAGCAAUUAUCGUUCUGCGCUGCCCAAUUGAUUUCCGAGUUGGUGCUUGGGAGCGACGGGAAUCGGCGAUUGGGGUGGAAGUGAUGGCGUCGUCCCCUGUAGAUGAUGUUGCGCCAGCCAUAGUCCGAUUCCUCUAUUUGGCGUUGAUGGUGUUGACGACGCUGAACAUUGUGCCUUCAUCCCAGUAAUGGGAGAUCUUCACAGAGGUAUUUUCCACAUAACACAACCGGAUGGUCUCUCUAGCUCCGGAUCUAUGUUAGGAUUGAAAGUAAAAAAAUUGCUUUUCAAAUCAUUGACUCAAUUGCUGUACGAAUAUUGAAACAAAGAGGGGUCAUUCCUCUUCCACAAUCAUUAAUCUUGAGGCUGCUUUAUGGUUUAGGGAUUCAGAUGUUUCUAUCUCUGCUUUUUUUCCCUUCAAAUUAUGCAGAUUUGUUCUUAAUAUGAGGGAACAUCCUUUUUAAGAAGAAAUGGUAAUUUGGAUAGUUUCUUUGAUGGACAAGUCAGAGCACUGUAUUGAAGAUGUUCAUCAAUUUAUAGAGGAGCUCAUCUCAUAAGCCAUCCAAUGCCUAAAAGUCCUUAUGCAAUUGUUUUAGAGAAAUGAAAAAGAGAUGUUCAAAGGUAUUGGACUUUAUACACCUACUUUUAUUUUCAUUCAGUUUCAUUUAUAGUGUGUUUAACUAUAGAGUACUUAUUUAUAGCUACAAUUACAUUUUAUGUCAGAAGCUGUUGAAAUUAUAUUCCAUUGUAUGUAUGGAAGAAAUAACCUUGAACAAAAAUACAUACACAAAUUGAGUUUGAGCGGUUAUUUUAUUCUCUCAUCCAACAACUUUUUGUUUCAUUCUUUUAGGUAAAGUCUUUGCGUUGUUUGGUAUUCUGGCUGACUUCUAUCAUCUUAUUUUUCAUCUAAAUUUUUUACUUGCUAUUUAGAUUGUCAAAAGUGCAGCUGCUAGUUACUUGAUCAAGAUCUGCUGAUUUCCCAUUUCAAAUGUGCUGAUUUUUUAACCAUAAAUGUAAAAUAGCAAGAAUCUAAAUAUGAAUAGAGGGAGUAUCAAUGUACCAUACUCUUGUUGCCAGAUAAGUGGUUAAAAGUGCUGCUUUAGAGGUCUGCACUAUUAGUUAUCUUUAUAUUGAUCAAUUUAAUUUCUUUUUACUGUGGUUUCACAAAUUCGCAUAAUGGUUGGUUGUAACUAAGUGUUCCACUUCAUAUGACUUAGGAGGAUUAAACGGAAAAUAAUAAAAAGUCUACAACUGUGGUUGCUUAUAGAGCUACAUUGGCAGUAGUUGACGUUGUUAUUGUAGUGAAAAUCACAAGAAUUGAUGCUAAACUUGUAACAGUUGGAAGCUAAAGCUCGUGAGCUGAAUUAGAAGCUAAAUUUCAGAAUCUGAAGUCAAUUUACAAGUUCAUUUUCAACUUGAAUAAGACUGACCUUGUUGAGAAAGGGCAAGUCUCUACAGAGGAAGGAGAAGCUAAAGUUUGUGAGCUAAAUGUCAUGUAGGCAAUGCUAAUGAGUGAGCAUCAAAGCCUUCUAAGUACUAAAAGGAAAGCAGGAUCAAAAGGCAGAAUUUGAGGUUUUCAACUUCACUAGAGCUGGUGUAGUCGCCCUUUCCAUGUAUAACACUAAUGGGGUGAUGGAGUAAGCUCUUAAAGAGAGUCUUUUGGUGUUCAUCUACCAUCAGAGAUAUUGAAAAGCCACCAAGAAGUAGGAAGCACUAGUCUCAUGUUGAAGAUCAACCGAUUUAGUCAUAGGCGGAGCUUCUAGCAGUUGGAGGAUCUCAAAUUAGUUUAUUAUAGAUUAUAGAUUUAGUUGAGUUUUUGUUGGAAGGUGUAUGACAUUUGAAUUGUAAAUGAUAAUUCUUUUUAUUUUCAAUAAAGUGCCUUUUGAUUUUUCAU